AAAUAAAACUAGAAAUGAGGAUAGUAGCGGUAACCGUACAUAGAGUUUCCAGUGGCACAUGAAUUGAGAAAAGGGGUUUGGAUUCUCACAAGGACUGCUGUGAAUUGAGAUGAUGAGUUCAAUAGGCGGAGCAUUCAGCAAGAUACUCCCCUCUUCAUCUUCUUCUUAUUCCUCAUCUUUGUCCCUUAAAAAGCCUCCUACUUGUUUCAAUUCAUGGGCGCUAGCUAGGAGGACUUCAUGUGCUGCUGCUGCUUCUUCUGUAGCUUCGGAAACACAAUCUCUAGGCCACGCUACCCGCCCCGAUUUCCCUAUUCUGCACCAGGAAAUAAAUGGAUCGAAGCUGGUCUACCUCGAUAAUGCAGCAACGUCGCAGAAGCCAACUGCUGUUUUGAACGCUUUACACAACUAUUACGAGGCUUACAAUUCUAAUGUGCACCGUGGAGUUCAUUUUCUUAGUGCAAAGGCAACUGAUGCAUAUGAAUUAGCAAGGAAAAAGGUUGCUACGUUUAUUAAUGCACCUGAUUCUAGAGAGAUUGUUUUUACGAGAAAUGCUACGGAAGCUAUCAACCUUGUAGCAUACUCUUGGGGACUUACAAAUCUCAAGACAGGCGACCAAGUUGUGCUCACAAUUGCUGAACAUCACAGUGCUGUUGUUCCAUGGCAGAUUGUGGCCCAAAAGACUGGUGCCGAGCUAAAGUUUGUGAGUCUUACGGACGAUGAAGUACCAGAUAUGGAAGCGUUAAGGAAAUUGUUAUCAAAAAAUACAAAGCUUGUAGUCCUUCACCAUGUCUCAAACAUGCUUGCUUCUGUUCUUCCAAUCGAGGAAAUUGUGCUUUGGGCUCAUGAUGUUGGGGCAAAGGUUCUGGUUGAUGCUUGUCAAAGUGUUCCACACAUGGUGGUGGAUGUCCAAAGCCUGAAUGCUGAUUUUCUUGUUGCUUCUUCUCACAAGAUGUGUGGGCCUACAGGCAUUGGAUUCUUAUAUGGAAAAAGUGAGCUGCUUGCUGCGAUGCCCCCUUUCUUAGGGGGCGGUGAAAUGAUAGCUGAUGUAUUUUUGGAUCAUUCUACCUAUGCUGAACCUCCAUCUAGAUUUGAGGCUGGAACCCCAGCAAUCGGUGAAGCUGUUGGGUUGGGAGCAGCAAUUGAUUAUCUUUCUGGUAUUGGCAUGCAAAAGAUUCAUGAAUAUGAGGUAGAGCUGGCUAACUAUCUAUAUGGAAGUCUUCGAGAGGUGCCAAAUGUUCGAAUCUAUGGUCCUGCACCUUCAGAAACUGUUACCCGGGCAGCUCUUUGUUGUUUCAAUGUAGAAGAUAUUCACCCCACAGACAUUGCAACAUUCCUUGAUCAACAGCAUGGAGUUGCUAUAAGAUCAGGUCACCACUGUGCUCAGCCUCUACAUCGCUUCUUAGGCAUUAAUGCUAGUGCACGUGCUAGUCUAUACUUCUAUAACACAAAACAGGAUGUUGACGACUUCAUCACUGCGCUGAAAGACACAAUCAGCUUCUUCAGUUCAUUUAAAUAAAGACCCGUCUCCUUUAAUUGUGAUGUUGUACAGCCUGUUUAUCUAGAUUCCAAAACAGAUGUAUAAUAUCCCUAAAAGGCUGCUUUGAUACAUAAUGUUGAGCAGUUCUGUAUACUUUCUGCAUUUGUUUUAUUCUUUUCAUUUUAUUAUA